AUGGGUCCCCGAGAGCCCUCGCGGCCUCAAAGCAUUAUUGUGGUCUCAAACACGCCAAUACCAAAUGUUGAAAACAACCCGAAGUCGAAAGACGUCGAUGUCUCUACACGAAAAAUUUCCCUUUCACGUCCAGAAACCGACUUCUUCCCACAGAAACGCCAACGCACUCGAACAUUUGGCCCAGGUGCCAUAAGGCGGAUAGGCUGGUGGUGGGAGGCGGGUGCUAUCGCCCUUGGUACCAUCUGCACCAUCCUUACCGUAGCGGUUCUGUUCACAAUCGACGGCAAGUCGAUGCGAACUUGGGCCCUGCCGAUCCAGCCGAACUCACUCGUCUCGGUCUUCUCAGUCGUGACCAAAUCCGCUCUCUUAGUGCCCAUCGCCGAGAGCAUCGGACAGCUAAAAUGGUCGUAUUUCAGCCGCCCAAGGUGUUUAGAACAUAUCGAGAUCUUCGACGAGGCCAGUCGCGGGCCAUGGGGAGCAUGUGUCUUUCUAUGGAAGACCAGGGGCACUAGGUCGUUAGCUGCCGUUGGCGCCAUCAUCACGAUCCUGUUGCUCGGUUUCGAGCCCUUUACCCAGCAGGUCAUCGAAGUGCAUUCGAAGAAUACUGCUCUCUUCAAUGCAACGGGAUAUGUCACUCGAACAGAUUCCUACACGAAGGCGGCCCUCGUUGAUGAGAAGCUCCCAUAUGAUCUGCAACUUGCACUUACCACUGGGAUCCUUGGUUCCGUGGCCGGCCAACCUUCUCAGAUGCCAAACACUACAUUCUGCCCUACGCUAGAGUGUCGCAUACCAGACUUCGUCACGCUAGGGAUAUGCGCAACAUGCGAGAGUGAAGACAUCGUGCUAGACAAGAACUUCCCCAAUUGCAAAUACACCUACCAAGACAGUCGACAAGUACCUUUCAAUCAAACCAACGGCAAAGUAGUGAACGUCACGGAAACCAACAGCACAGACUUCUCGACGUACCUCGAUUUCAAGUCCUACAUCGACGAGCAUGGCGGAGAGAUUGGCCCAUCAGACCUGGGAGGCGCAAGAACAUGGGAACGAACAUGUUCCUUCGAGUACCCUGACUUCCCCUCGUUUAACAUCACCUUCACGCGAUCCGACCAACCAUCCGACGAAGUCGAAGACUCCCUCAACCUCCAGUUCGGCCAAGGCUUCACCGUGACACCCAGUCAGAUCAAGUUCGGCGACGACAUCAUCGGCUGGACGCGCGACGGACCCUUCACCAACGUCGCAGGCGGCUUCUUCCAAGGCGACUCAUCCGCCGAAGGCAGAGUCUCCGCCUGCGCGAAGACAUCCGGCUCGACACGGGAUUUCCACUUCAACUCCAUCUCCGGAUACAGCUGCUUCACAUCCACGUCCGACAUCCGACGGAUGGGCGAGCUCCCCAAGUUCGGGGAAACCACAGGCACAAUCACCAGAUGCCGCCCGAGCCUCUGCGCAAAGCGCUACCAAAACACCACCGUGACCCCCACCGGCGCAUCCGCAGACCUCACGACCGAGCACGCGCUCACCCUCCUCCGCGGCACCAACAACACGCGCAACGGCGGCCUCCGCAACGGCAGCUGGAUCGCGACCGCCGACGGCAUCGACACCUCCAACACCACUUUCCACAUCACCGACGAGACCCUCGACUCCCUCGCCGUGCACCUCGACCGCGUAACCUCCUCCCAAGACUUCUACUUCUUCCUCCGGGGCUUCUCGUCGCGCACAGCCGGGAACUGGACGGCGCUGUUCACGCGGGCCGCGGCCGUCCUCUCCGGCGCCGUCGUAAACCCUUCCAACCCGUCCGUCUCCACGGUCCGGGGCGACGCGUUCGGUGCGGAGAUCUUCGUGCGCGUCCGCUGGGAGUGGUUGGCGCUGCCCUUGGCCACGUUCGUUGCCUCCGCGGUGUUUCUUGCGCUGACGGUCGUGAAGAGUGGGAGGAGGGGGACCCCGUAUUUGUUUAAGAACAGUGUGCUGGCGCAUCUGUGGUGUGGGCUUGAUGGGUGGGAGGAGAGGGAGUAUUUGGAGGGGUUGACGGCGGAGAGGGAGAAGAGGGUUACGUAUCAUGAUGUCCAGGUGAGGGCGAGGGGGAUGCGAGCGCAGUUUGCGAGGGAUGCGAAUGGGCAUAUGAAGUUUAGGAAGGUUGAGUAG